AUGGGGAAGCUUGACCACAUUCCAGAACUGAUGGGUUUGGACACUUACUUCGCAUGGAAGCAUGAAGUCGCUUACUCUUUGGGCACUGAGGAUCUUUGGUGUCAUGUCAUGGAUAAAGUAGAUCCUGAUGACAUUCUGGGAAAUGCCUUAUAUAAACCCACACCUGUCAUCCCUAGCAUGCUGACUGCCACUGAGGUCAAGACCAUCCGAGAAUGGUUGAUUGAAGACCUCAAGGCAAAGGCCAUUAUCAUCCACAAAGUGCUGGCUCGCGACGCCUGGAAGACUCUAGAAGAUCAUUUUGGACACACAGAUAUCAGCUCUUAG